UUAGACCUGAAAACUCUUUGUGCCGGGAAGAAUAAUGAAUGUGCGUUAAUAAAUAUCAGUCACUUCUGUACAGAACACAGUCCGGACACAUAGACUGCACCUUAAUACUACACCUCAUCACACCAGAUACUACAGUGUAUCACAACCCAACAAUGGAAGCCACAAACACCAUCUGGGAAGGUCUCCCCCGCUACCCAGUCCCCGACGAGCUCGAGAAAGCCCUUGCAUCAGAAAACACACACAUUGAAGCCAACACUGCCCUUCUCAACGCCGCUCUGGCAGCCGAUCGAGAGGCCUUCACCAACGCAGCAGACGAACUCAGCGAACCGAAAAUCCACACCCUCGUGCCCGUAAUGAAAACAAUGACAAUACUCCUCAGCGGCGUACGCAAAGAGGUCAACCACGACACCCGAGUGGACUGCCACAUCCUAGGAAAAGACCUGCUGAGGCGAGUCAUGGGUUGGCAACCCAGCAAGGAACGCGAGGUGGUGCUGCACUAUGCCCUCACCGUUGCCGCACUCACAGGAAACGUGGACAUUGCGCUGCCUAUACUGGCGGAAGACCACGUUGUUGCAUUCCACGAGUUCCCGAUAUACGCUGCCGUGAAAGCUGCCGCUGCCGCGGUUCCCGAGAGGAAGGACAAUGCAGAGGUUGUUCUGGCUAGACUCGUUUCCAGUCUCUGCGAGAGGGAGCAUAAUGAGGACGUGGCAUAUGUAGCCUCCCUGCUUUUGCUGGACAUUGUGGCGGCCAGUGGCCUCGGCGCUGCUCAUGUCGAGGCGCAUAAAGCGAGCAUUAUUACAGAGGCAUUGGAGAUUAAUCGCCAGCUGGGAGGGAAUGCAGAGGUUGCAGCGAUUCUCAUGCCGGCGUAUCGACGGUUCGUUGGUGAGAGGGUCGAGGUCGAUUCGGUCAGCCUGAGUGAUGUGUUUGUGGAAAAGGCCGUCCAGGUGUACUCGCGGUGGUCGAUUACGCAGUGCCGGAUACUCCUUGACCACUGGAUCUUUGCGAUUGGCAAUGGUGUGCCGAGUAUUCUCAGAUCAAGCGUCAAGAGGCGCAUUAGGGCUGGCGUUGGCUUGCCUACUGAAGACGAUGCUGACAGUGAGGUGGCAUUGGGCGAGUAUGAGACGGACAAAUAGAUAGACAUGACUCAAUG